UACUGAGUGAAUCAGGAAAAUGUCAGCAGAGUGGAGUCUAGGACCCAGAUGGCUAUAACUCAGAGGGUGGUGCUGAGAGGCCAGACCUUAGGAAAUGGGCCAAAUUGAAUCCUCCUCCCUUCCCACUCCCGUUAUCAGCAUACUCUCUUUAUUGGGGAAAAGAGUUAUAAUUUGAAGGAGGUGACAGGCAGAGGGGAGACUUUAAGGGAGAGGAAGCAUUGAAAAGUGAAAGUGAAAAUCAGAUACUCUUUGCUUUGAAGCUUUACCUAAGGCAGGUUUUACAGAUACUUCCCAAUGGUGAAAAGCCCGUGGUGCACCUGGGGGAGUCGAAGAUAAUUCCAGAAACAUGAGGACAUCUAUCAUUGUUACAUUCACAGUCUGCUGUGGCUUGCUAAAUGCAUUUACCAUCACAGCUCCCAAGGACUUGUAUGUGGUAGAGUAUGGCAGCAAUGUCACGAUCGAAUGCAGAUUCCCAGUAGGAGACCAGCUGGACCUGUUUUCCUUAGUUGUCUACUGGGAAAAGGACGAUAAACAAGUUAUUCAGUUUGUGGAUGGAAUGGCGGACCUGAGGUUUCAGCACAAUAGCUUCACAGGGAGAGCCCGGCUGCCAAAGGAGCAGCUUCUCCAGGGAAUUGCUGGGCUUCAGAUCACAGAUGUGAAACUGCAGGAUGCAGGGGUUUACUGCUGCAUGAUCAGCUAUGGUGGAGCAGACUACAAGCGAAUCACGCUGAAAGUCAAUGCCCCGUACCACAAAAUCAACCACAGAAUUUCCACGAAUCCAGCCACGUCCGAGCACGAACUAACAUGUCAGGCUGAGGGCUACCCAGAAGCUGAAGUCAUCUGGACAAACAGUAACCACCAGUCCUUGAGUGGCAAGAUUACUGUCACCAGUUCCCAGUCAGAGGACAAGCUUUUCAAUGUGACCAGCACUCUGAGGAUCAACGCAACAGCUAAUGAUGUUUUCUACUGUACUUUUUGGAGAUCACAAUCAGAGAAAAACCACACAGCUGAGUUGAUCAUCCCAGCUCCACCUGCAGAAUUUCUCCCAAAUAAGAGGACUCAUUGGGUCCUUCUGGGAUCAUUCCUGUUGCUCCUUGUUGCAGCCACAGUCCUCUUCUACUUAAGGAAACAAGUGAGAAGUCUAUAUGUGAGAAAAUGUGGCACCGAAGAUACAAACUCAAAAAACCAAAAUGACACACAGUUCGAAGAGACGUAAGCAGCACAGAGCUUCUGAUCUUCAAGGUGGGAUUGCCAGUCUGUGGUCUGUGAAUGAAGGGGGCCUUGGGAUGGGGGUCCAAGGACUCAAAAUGGAACCCGGGAAGAGAAGAGAAGAGAAGAGAAGAGAAGAAAGAAAGUGUUGCAAGGGGAGCCUGGAACAAAGGACAUUUCUGCAGGAGACAGCAAUAUGCACGUUGUCCAUCAAUGGUCUUGGGAAAGCGGGUUGAGAAUCCCCGACCUAACAUCUUGGCCUUGAAGAAUCACCUUUUUCCUCCACUCAGUGCCUGGAUGAGAGACAGAGAGUCACAAGUGUUGACGUAUGAGUGUUUUCUAUUUAUUUUGAGUCUGUGUGUGCUUGUCGUGGGAGUGUGGUUGUGAUUGAUGCAUUCCAAAGACAUAAGAGAUGUUAAAAUGUAGUCACCAAACUCAACUGCUGCUUAUCAUCUUGUCCACGGGUAGAAAAGCAUGCACAUUUGUGAGGUGCUUGGUGUCCUCUGUAGCUACUGGUACAAGUGGGACACAUGGAGGACACACGAUUGCUUUGCCCGAGCUCUUGCUGCAUGACUUGAAUAAUCUUUAUUCUCAGUCCUCGAGGCUCUGUGUAAGUAGUUGUUCUGUGUAAGUAUCAGCCCUGCAAGUGUCUGAUACUACACUCGACAAUCUCAUUUCAUCUCCAUAGCAACUCUCAUGGUAACUUCUAUUAUAUUCACUUCAGAACCCAAGAAGCUGAGCAAUUCAGUAACUUGCCCACCAAGUUCUGUCCUUCAGCCAUUGUCCUCUUAGGCUACAAUUUGUAGCUAAGAAAUGAAUUCAAAAGCUGCUUAUUAAGUAACAUUGCAUAUCACGCCGUGCCUCAUGUACCAUGCUGGCCCUUGAGUGUAGAGAUGUAAGCCAGAGCACUGGUUAGAUGUGCAUAUGCAUGUUCAAUAGUCAAAGCAAUGUUCAUUAACAAGGAAUGUAUAUUGGAAAGACUCUGGAAAGAUUCCUUGUCUAACAUUGUAUUUACUCCUAAUUUGUUUUCUCUGCCAUGCAAUCUCAUGUCCUCCAUAGAAUAUCUAGUACUGUUUACUAGUACUAGUAAAGUCUUCUUUACUUUUCUAUCUAAAUGACACUGAGGGGUGGGGAGAUAGCUCAGUUGCAAAAUACUUUCCUCACAAGUACGAAGCCCCGAGUGUGUUCCCCAGAACCCACAUAAAGAAACAGUUGGCUAUGUCUGCAUGCUUUUGAUCCCAGCACUGGGAAGGCAGAGAUAGACAAUCCCUAGCUCUCAUCGGCUAAUCUGCCUAGCCUGCUUCGCAAACUCCAGGCAUGUGAGAGCUGAUACCUCAAAAAAUGUUGUAGACAGUGUCUGAGAAAUGAUGCCUCCACACACACACAUGCACCACACACACAUGCACCCUCAUGCAGAUGAACACACAUACAAUCUAAAUACAGGUCAACAGGGAGCUGACUCAGAGUGGUCCCUAAGACACACAAAACAAAACAACUCUAAAUACAAGUCAACAGGGAGCUGACUCAGAGUGGUCCCUAAGACAAACAAAACCAAACAACUCUAUUCCAUCACCCUAGCCAUGCUAUUCCCUUCCCAGAAGUAACUGAUAGUGUUUUUUGCACAUAUGUUUUCUCAAAGACAGUUAAUAUGUAGAAAUAUAUGUUAAAGUAUCUAUAUUUUUUCUAUAUUUUUUUGAAUUCCUAAAUGGUAGCUCACAGUGCAUUUGCUGUACACUUUGCCUUUUUUUUUGUUUGUUUGUUUGUUUUUUUGUUUUUUUGUUUUCUGAGACAGGGUUUCUCUGUGUAGCUUUGCGCCUUUCUUGGAACUCACUUGGUAGCCCAGGCUAGCCUCAAACUCACAGAGAUCUGCCUGCCUCUGCCUCCCCAGUGUUGGGAUUAAAGGCGUGCGCCGCCUGGCUACUUUGCCUUUUUUAUUUAAUGUAUUGAUCCUUAUGCAGCUGCUGGAACUUAUUUAAAGGACCAAGAAGAGAACUGCCUCAUUUCUAGAUUUUCCUUCCCAUCCCUCCAGGUGCCUCUUACACGGUCUAGGCCAGGCACUGUUUCUGCUCUCUGUACCUGUACAAUACCAUGGAGCACUUACUUACUCACUGGCCAAGUUUGGGUUUGGCUGAUUUUGUAUCUGCUCAAAGGGAGACCUUGAGUCCCCAGGGUAUACUGAGUCAACCCAAUACCAAAGGGGCAGCCUUUUCGUAACUCAAUACAGAAGCAGAUCUGGAGCGGCGUCUUCAUGGUUGUUUUUCCUCCACUUCUUUUCCCAAAUGCAGAUGCUCCACCUGCUUAUUCCAGGUUCUCCCAGAAAAUGCCGGCAUUGCUCCUUUACUGCUGGCUGCCCUGAACUUGCACUUGUACCAGGAAAAACCCAUUAGGCCUCUUGAAGGCCACUGCCUCUCAUCCCCACAGGGACCUCUAAGAGCCUGCUUUUCAGAGGAUUUCAAAAUCAAUGCUUCUUGGGGGAGGAGGGAAGAAGGAAGAAGGAGUCCAGAGCUUUCUUUCAAUCUUCUUUGUUUUGUAACAUGUCAAGACUGAAGAAACAGGCCGGGUAUGGUGGUGCAUGUCUCUAAUCCCAAUAUUCAGGAGGCAGAGGCAGGCAGAUCUCUACAUAGAGUUCCAAGCCAGCCAGAGCUACAUAGUGAGAUCCUGUCUCGAAGGAAAGACUGAUGAAUCAGAACCCCCAAGGGAACCCUUCUGUUACCUGUUCACAUGUGUUUAUUUGUGGGAUGAUCCUCAUGACAAUUUCUUGUUUGUAUGAAGUUUAAGAAAAUAUAGAGUUGAGCGGGACAUUUCACUUACUCACUUUAUUUGAAAUCUUAACACCGUCUCAUGGUGUUGGAUUGUAAAGGCACUUUAUCCUUUUGUGUUGUGUAUCACCAUAAAUGGAGAGUUUAUUUUGCAUCUAAUUGUCAUUGUAUUGCAUUAAUUUAAUAAAAUAUUUUUAUUUAUUAAACA